AUUAUGAUUUUGGAGAUGUCUUUCCAGCAAUGCAGACCAUGCCCAGCAGAGACUGGGAAGAUGGAGACCUCACAGACACACUCAGCUGCCCACACUCCACUGCCUCGGAGGCAAACGGCAGCAAGGCCUCUGUGAAGAGCCCGACGCAGCGCUACAACCCCUUCAACGAGGAGAAAGCUGAUGUGCCGUCCUCCACUGAGACCACACCAGUGCACACAGCUUCCCAGGAGAAGGCAGAAGCCACCCCUGAAGGAACAGACCAGUCUGAGAGCUGCACAGAGCUGGAGGUCAUCAGGUUAGCCAAGAAGAAGAAAACAGGCAAGAAGAAGAAAGCAAAGCCCGAGGAGCCGGUGAACACCCCUGCGCCCGUCGUGCCCGAGACCAAACAGUCCAGUGGAGACAGCGGCAUCAACGGGCUGAGUGACAGAGAAGAGCCACAGAGAGAUGAUGGUCCUGCUGUCCCAGCUGGUGACCCAAGCCUGAGCGGGCAGGAGGAGGGUCGUGAGCGCUCUGCCCUCAGCCAGCUGGCUUUACACAUCCCUGAGAUGAAGGACACGUCCAUGGAGAGCGUGGGGCAGCCGCUGAGCAAGGUGAUGGACAGGCUCAAUGGGCAGUUGGACCCCGGUGGCUGGAAAGCUCCUGUCGAGCCCCCCGGGCAGUCCUUUCGGACUGGCACGCCAGGGGAGACCCCGGAUGGAUCGUCCUCUGGCGACUUUAGUGAGGGGAUUUCAGCCCCCAUGGACUUCUACCGCUUUACCGUUGAGAGUCCAAACACUGCUGCACCAGGUAGUGGCCACCAUGACACUCCAGGGCCUGGCAAACCGCCACAUGUUUCUGGUAGCCCUGAGGCUCCUGAAGAAGAAAGGAGAGAGGGAAAAGCAGUUGGGGCAGUAGAGGAGUCUGGAGAGACGAGUGAUGAACCCCAGACUGAAACCGCCAACCCUCAGGCUCUCCACGAGCCGAAGAAGGAGCAGCCCAGCCCUUCCCCGAGCAGCGCUGAGGACUCUGGUGUGGAGGAAGGGCAGGGCAGCCCUUCAGAGCUGACCCAUCCCUCCGAGUUCAGGGUGGAUAACAACCAUCUUCUCCUGCUGAUGAUCCACGUCUUUCGGGAGAACGAGGAGCAGUUGUUCAGGAUGAUCCGAAUGAGCACUGGGCACAUGGAGGGGAACCUGCAACUGAUCUACGUCCUGCUGACCGACUGCUACGUGUACCUGAUCCGGAAAGGGGCAGCAGAGAAGCCGUACAUGGUGGAGGAGGCCGUAUCCUAUAACGAGCUGGACUACGUUUCGGUUGGGCUGGAUCAGCAGACGGUGACUCUGGUGUGCACCAAUCGGAGGAAGCAGUUCCUGCUCGACACCGCGGACGUGGCUCUCACCGAGUUCUUCCUGGUCUCCUUGAAGUCAGCCAUGAUCAAGGGGUGCCGGGAACCCCCGUACCCCAGUAUCCUCACAGAUGCCACCAUGGAGAAACUGGCACUUGCAAAAUUCGUGGCCCAGGAGUCCAAGUGUGAGGCCUGUGACGUGGUUGUGCGUUUCUACGGCCUUGUUCACUGGGAAGACCCCAUGGAUGAGUCACUGGGACACGCCAACAACAGCUACACCUCCACUGAAAACACGGUCACCAAGGAUGGCAUCCUGCACUACAAGGCGGGGACCUCUUACCUGGGCAAGGAGCAGUGGAAGACCUGCUUCGUGGUGCUCAGCAACGGGAUCUUGUACCAGUACCCCGACCGCACGGAGGUCACCCCUCUGCUCUCCAUCAACAUGGG